CUACAGAUGGGAUGAAUAUAGUAAGAUACGGAGAGACCCCAAAACGACGCCGGAGAGAGCUUGGCAGAUCGCCGGAGUUUGAGGGUUUUUUGGACCUGAAAUCGAGUUCAAACUAGGAUUCCGUGAUCCCCGGUUGGUGGGAUCGGAUCGAGAUGGGGUUCUUUGUAACAACCCUAAUUUUCAUUGUUACUGGAAUCAUCGCAUCUUUUUGUGCCAGAAUCUGCUGCAACAAAGGGCCUUCUGCAAAUUUAUUGCACCUAACAUUGGUUAUUACAGCGACUGUUUGUUGUUGGAUGAUGUGGGCAAUCGUUUAUCUUGCGCAGAUGAAUCCGCUCAUAGUCCCAAUUCUUAGUGAAGGGGAGUGAAAUGCUUUGUGAAAGAGCCAAUGCAACCCUCUUGGUAAACCAAUGUUAUGGAUUGUUGAUUGCUCUCUGCUGAAUAUCUCAUUGCAGGUCUCAUGGAUCAAUCAGUAGUACCUUAUCAUGUUGGAUUUGUAUGUAAUUAUAAUUGAAGCAUAGGGCUUCGAAUUGAUUUCAAAUUGUGCUUGAUUUUUACUUGCAAUGAGAAUGAUAAAUCUAACCCUUAUUCAAUUUCAAAAAGGUACAUUG